AUGUGGCCUCCAAUUGACAAGUUACCUGAGGUCCAAUCCUUUAUAGGUGUAAUUUUUGCUGUCACUGGAAACAUUUUGAUAUCUAUUGCAUUAAAUUUACAAAAACACGCACACAAUGAACUUCAGAGAAUUAGUUGUGAUUCGGUAGCAUUUAGUGAUACUCGUAGCGGAUCUAAUCCACAACGUCCCACCUCUUUAUACGAUUCCGAUCUACCGACGCAUAUUCUACGAUCAAGUGAAAGUGAUGAUAGUUAUGUAAUGUUGACUGAAUUCGAUGAUUGUGAUAACAAAUCUCAUUAUCUUUUUUCCAAAGCUUGGUGGGCCGGAAUAUUACUGAUGGUUAUAGGCGAAUCAGGAAAUUUUAUAGCUUAUGGAUUUGCACCUGCAUCGGUGGUUGCACCAUUGGGAACUGUUGCUCUAAUUUCCAAUGUAAUAUUGGCUCCUAUAAUGUUGAAGGAAAGGUUUCGCACCCAAGAUUUAUUCGGAGUUGUUGUUGCCAUAAUCGGUGCUAUUAUUGUAGUGCUUAAUUCUAAAUCUGAAGAAGUAAAACUUUCACCAGAAGCAAUAUGCGAAGCAAUAUUGCAAGUGAAAUUUCGUAUUUAUCUAAUUGUUACCGUUAUUUUGACCAGUUGUCUUCUGAUUGCAUCGAUUAGAUAUGGUCACAGAUUAAUUUUCAUAGAUUUAUCAUUAGUUGCAAUAUUUGGUGGUUACACUGUAUUGGCAACUAAAUCGAUUUCUUCAUUAUUAACGCUGACAUUUAUCUCAAUGUUUACAUACCCAAUAACCUACUUAUUGUUUUUUGUAUUGUUAAGUACGGCUGUACUUCAGAUUAAAUAUCUUAACAAAUCAUUAAGCCAAUUUGAUUCAACGGAAGUAAUUCCAACACAAUUUGUUCUCUUCACAAUAUCAGCAAUUAUUGGCAGCGCUGUUUUAUAUAAUGAUUUUGCUGAUAUGGAUUUUUGGAGAUGUACUGGUUUCUUGGUUGGAUGUUUGUUAACAUUUUUGGGGGUUUUUUUUAUAACCUCAAAUAGAAACAAAACUCGUGGCUACACUCUGAUUUCAACGAAUCCAACCCAGACACCAAAUCCAAUCUCUGCAAUUACAGAUGAUGAUGGCGUAUAUAAUUCACCUAUUGACUUUGAUGGACACUUUUCAUUCAAUACCCAUCGACCAAUUUCCAGCUCUACACCUCGUAGACAUACACUAAACGAAUCUAUAGAUAUUGCCACCCCGCUUUUACAUGGUGAGUUAUAUCCGGCAAAUUAUUCUCACUCAAGAAGCGAUAGUAUUUUCAAAUCGUUGGUUGAUGUGUCUGCCACAACGAUCACUGGGGUUGGUCAAGCGUUAAAUUCUGUUGGUGCUCGCCACUCACAUGCCUUGGGAUUAGAUUCAUCGUACCUUGGCACAUCAUUUACUAAUUCUGAAUAUUAUAAUUCUGGAUAUAAUACUGAAUCAAUACAAGAAGAUUAUGAGAGCGAUGAUGUUGAUGAUACAAGAACAAUUAGCGGUUUAACAAUUUCAACUGAUAAUAGCGGUAAUUUAAGUAGUGGAUUAUAUUCUGGUGAAGAAUAUGAUGAUGAUAAUGAGAGCGGUUCUUAUGAUGUAUUUUCUAAUUAUGGUGCCGAUGAUAUGGAUGGUGAUUUACCAGAUUUGCCUUCUAGGAAUGAACAUAAUAUAAAUAAUGGUGAAACUACCCCCAAAAAUGUUAACAAACAUCCAACCAAGAAACCAGUACAUCUCCAAAAAUCCAUAUCAGCAAAAUCAUUAUAUAAAACAGCGCUGCCAAUAAUUGCUGAUAUUGUGAAGAGAACAAAUUAUUCAUCGUACCUUGGCACAUCAUUUACUAAUUCUGAAUAUUAUAAUUCUGGAUAUAAUACUGAAUCAAUACAAGAAGAUUAUGAGAGCGAUGAUGUUGAUGAUACAAGAACAAUUAGCGGUUUAACAAUUUCAACUGAUAAUAGCGGUAAUUUAAGUAGUGGAUUAUAUUCUGGUGAAGAAUAUGAUGAUGAUAAUGAGAGCGGUUCUUAUGAUGUAUUUUCUAAUUAUGGUGCCGAUGAUAUGGAUGGUGAUUUACCAGAUUUGCCUUCUAGGAAUGAACAUAAUAUAAAUAAUGGUGAAACUAUAUAUUUAUUUAUAUUUUAG